GGAUAGUGGAGGAUAGACUCAUGUCAUGCCAAUGGUACCAAUCGAAUAUUCGAUAUUUUCAGUAAUAUUUUCCAUUCCUCACUCCUUGAACCAAUUGGCAUAUAUUAGCUCUUUCCUUCCUUAUUUAUUCAUUUAUAAUAGUCCAUCUAUUCCAAAGUGUGUUUACUAAUUGAUUCCAAUUGACGUAAUCCUCAUUACCAGUUGCAGCAGUUAAGUGUUAAUUAAUAGUUUUCAUCUGCUUUGAGUUGUAAAUAACUGUGACUUGCAUUUUGAAAGAAUGGAAAACCAAAUUGAGUAUUUCCCUGUAUGGGGUCUUCUUCCCAAGAAAGAGACAGGUAUCAUCUCAUUUUUAUCUAAAUAUGAGAUGUUUGAUGGUAAAGAUGCAACAAUUGCCAUUUUUGAUUCUGGUAUUGAUCCUGGUGCACCAGGCCUCCAAGAAACACCAGAUGGCAAGAUAAAAGUUAUAGAGAGAUUUGAUUGUAGUGGAUGUGGAGAUGUUACAAUGACACAUGUUGUUGUACCCAAGGAAGGACAUGUAACUGGACUGUCUGGAAGACAAUUGAAGAUACCAGAAUCCUGGGAAAAUCCUUCCAAUACAUACAGAGUAGGAAUCAAAAAUGCUUAUGAUCUAUAUCCUGAGAGAUUGAGGGAAAGAGUUCAGGAUGAGUUAAAAGAGAAGAAUUGGGAUGAGCCUUAUAAAAUGGUAUAUGCAGAAGCAGUCAGGAAGUUGUCUGCAUUUGAACUUAAAAUGAACAAUUCACAAACUUUAACUGAAGAAAAUCGCCUGGAGAAGGAGAAUCUUGAGGCAAUAGUAGAACAUCUGAUUACAGUGGAAAAGAAGUUUUAUGAUUGGGGCAUCUUUUAUGACUGUAUUAUGUUCUAUGAUGGUGCGAAAUGGGUGGCUUGUGUUGAUACGACAGAAGAGGGUGAUUUGGAAAAAUGUCCUUUGAUUGGUGAAUACAGCAUAACGCAUGAUUAUGCUGUAUUGAGUCCUCAAGACCAGUUAAACUUCAGCAUGAAUGUUUAUGACUAUGGAAAUACAUUGGAACUUGUUGGACUAUAUUCAAGCCAUGGAACCCACGUUGCUUCAAUUGCAUCAGCAUACUUUCCCAAUGAACCGGAAAAGAAUGGAGUUGCCCCAGGAGCUCAAAUUGUAUCCCUGACUAUCGGCGAUGGCAGAUUAAACUCGAUGGAAACUGGAACGGCUUUAGUUAGAGCAAUGAUUAAAGUUAUGGAGUUGGGUAACGUUGACGUUAUUAACAUGAGUUACGGUGAACACGCACAUUGGUCCAACACAGGGAGGAUUGGCGACUUGAUGAAUGAAGUUGUAAAUAAGUACGGUAUUACGUGGGUGGCGUCAGCUGGUAACCAUGGUCCAGCAUUGAGUACUAUUGGCACUCCUCCUGAUAUUAGUCAAGAGACAAUCAUAGGUGUUGGUGCUUAUGUGUCUCCUGACAUGAUGGUGGCGGAAUAUGCUAUGAGAAAAAAAAUGCCAGGAAUGCCAUAUACAUGGUCCUCGCGUGGGCCCACCAUUGAUGGUGGAAUGGGGGUUACUGUAUGUGCACCUGGAGGUGCCAUAACAUCAGUUCCUAACUGUACUUUAAGAAAUUCGCAGUUGAUGAACGGAACAUCGAUGGCUGCACCUCACGUUGCGGGUGCCGUAGCAUUAUUAAUUUCCGGUAUGAAGCAACGUCUUCUCAAGUAUAGUCCGUACAAUAUUAAAAGAGCAUUGGAGAACGGCGCGACUUACUUGAACGAAGUGGAGAGGUUUGCACAGGGUAGCGGUUUGUUAAACGUAGAGAAGUCAUUCGAUUUGCUGCUAAACCAUUUCGAUGCUCUCGAGAGGGACGUGAGAUUCCAAAUAUGUUGUGGCCCGGACAACGCGAAAGGCAUUUAUAUCAGAAACAAAAAUCAAAAGAAGAAACAUGAAAUCUCCGUGAGCGUGGAACCAUUUUUCUUAGAUUCAAUGGACGUCACUCCGCAAAUGAAGAUUAAUUUUAACUUAAAACUCGCGCUGGUCUGUAAAGCUAGUUACGUGCAGCAUCCAAAACAUUUAGAUCUAAGUAAUCUAUCGAGAGUGUUUUCUGUACAAAUCGAUACUGCCGGUCUAGAUCAGUUGAGUUCAACAGUUAUCGAGGCUUACGAUGUAAAUUGCGUUGCGAAGGGACCCGUAUUUAAAAUAUUAGUUACAGUUAUUGUACCAAAGGAAAUAGAUGCACCACAGUAUUCACUCGUAGAAAAUAAUGUAUAUUUUGAGGCGAAUACCAUUAAACGUAAUUUUAUCGUUGUACCUGAAUUUGCUACGUGGGCUGUGAUCAAACUGCGUGCGUGCGAACAGGAGGACCAUGGGAAAUUCAUUAUACAUUGCAUGCAUAUCUUGCCAAAGCAGAGUUGCAAAACUCUCGAGAUGAACAAACAUAUUCCGGUAUCAGCAAUCUCUGACAGCGUUUUGAGUUUCCAAGUUCGAAGCUCGGCAACUCUUGAAGUGGUUAUUGCUAAAUAUUGGGCCAACAUCGGGAAUAUGAACAUAAACUACUCGAUCACUUUCCAUGGCAUUCAACCAAACCAAAGAACAAUUACUAUGCUUGCAUCCGACGGCAUUCAUUGCGUAGAAGUCACUAGUCUCCUGGGCGAGGAAAUCGUUCCAAGCAUUAUUCUAAAAAAUGCAGUGCAAAUAUUAAGGCCAACAGAAUCAAAGAUUUCACCAUUGACUGAGAGAGAUGUUAUCCCGAAGGGACGUCAAAUCUACGAACUUAUUUCAACUUUUAAUUUUCAUUUGAAUAAAGGUACUGAAGUGUCGCCGAACUACCCGAUGCUCAGUGAUGUUUUAUAUGAAUCUGAGUUUGAAGCACAAUUGUGGAUUUUAUAUGAUAGUAACAAGCAGUAUUUGGGAAGCGGCGAUGCGUAUUACCAGAAAUAUUUAGUGAAGCUUGACAAAGGGGAUUAUGUAAUUAAAUUGCAAGUCCGUCAUGAAAAGAAAGAGUAUCUAGAGCGUUUAACAGAUGCACCAUUGCUAUUGAAUCAGAAGAUGACUAGCAAUAUUACAAUGGAUGUCUAUAAAACAUAUAGUCAGGCUAUAACAAAUGGUAAAAAGGCUUCUAUAGGACAAUCCAAUCGUGGACCGAUUCCGUUGUACAUUGCUCCUUUACCGACUGAUAAGUAUACUUCGAAGAACAACAAUAUGGCUCAUUAUUUGACGGGCACCGUGACCUACGCCAAAGAUGAGCUUGGAAAGAAAACCGAUGUGUACACUAUGAAGUACGUUUUGGGUGAAAACAACAAGAAGAGCAGCGUCAAGAGCUCCGACAAAGAUAAAACCAAAUGGGAGGAGUAUUUGGAUGCUCUCAGGGAUGUGAAAGUUGCAUGGCUUGCGAAAUUGGGAGACGCGCCGAACAAGUUGGAAGCUCUGUACAAUGAGAUCCUGGGCGAGUUUCCUGAUUACAUUCCGACGCAUUCUUCUUACUUGCAGGCGUUAGAGGCGAUGGAUGCCAGAAAACAAAUAGUCCUGAACAAGAACAAACUGGAUGAGCUUAAACAAGUAAUCGAAAUUUGCGAUAAUGUCAUUGAAAACAUUAAUCAGGAUUCGAUUUUGAUCAACAAUUCCAUUAAAUGCGAUCAGAGGCCGGAAGCCGGCCAAAUCAAAUUGUUGAUGGAACGUCAGAAAACAGUCUUAAUUGACUGCCUAUGCCGUAAGGGCAUUUCUUUGUGCCGAUUAUCUAUAGCGGGGAAGGAUCGAGAUUUGGAUCCGAUUCAAGCCGUAUGGAAGAACUUGCUUCAAAUUGUCGAUCCCAACGAUAAGACAUAUCAGGGCAACGUAGUGUUCUUCGCGCUUUGGCAUGCCAGAGUUAAUAAGAAUUAUGGAAGAAUGGCCAAGUAUUUGAUGAAAAUCAACGAGGAGAAGUCCACAAAGGAAAUUGAAGAAGCUUUGAUUGAGGUAUACGAGAAGCUCGGCUGGGACUUCUUGGUUCAACAUACCAAGCGACAGUUACUCGCUAAAUAUCCGAACGCCUACAGACCGUUCUAAAUUAAUCCUAAACGUAAUCUAUUCAUAAUUAUAAUCUUGAAUGUAUACAAAGAAAAUAAUAUUCAUAAACAAAGAUGUAAGCGAACAUAAAUAAAUUGACAUAAUUGGGAUAAGAAUAAGGAUAAGAAA